ACCAUUUUUCUAAACUCCUCUCUUCACAAUCUCCAUCCAAUUUUCUUCUUUCCGCCGCGCCAUGUUUCCUUCCCGUCUCCGCCGUUGCUUCUCUUCAAAUCCCUCCUCUUCCUCCGCCUACCGCCGCCUCUACUCCCCUCCUCAACCGAUCUCCGACACACUCUCUCCCCAGCCAAAUCCUUCGCCGUCGCCGAUCUGGCCGAUUUCGAUCGGCGACGGUGGAAGCGGAAAUGAAGAAAAAUCUAGUGCGAUGUAUCGGAUUGAGAAUGAGUUGAGAGCGAUGAACGAGGAGGCGGCGACGCACUGCAGUUUCGGACCGGUGGGCGACGAUAUUUUCCGGUGGGAAGGGGUUGUGAUUGGGCCUGCUUGUUCUUGCUAUGAAGGGGGUAUUUUUCAACUUUCAAUUCAAUUUCCCUCCAACUACCCCUUAAGACCUCCCUACAUCAAGUUUCUAACCAAGAUAUUCCAUCCAAAUGUAGGGUCAGAUGGAACCAUUUUUAUGGACAUAUUGAAUGAAAAUUGGUCUUCAGCAUUGACUAUUGAGAAACUUCUACUUUCAAUAUGCUCAAUCCUUUCAAACCCAAUUCCUCAAGGCUCCAUUAACGAAGCUUCUACAAUGUACCUCGAUAAUUGGCUUAAUUACAGUAAGAUUGCAAGAGAAUGGACCAAAAUAUAUGCCAUGCCAAAUUGAUCAUCUCACCUCUAAACAAACGCCAUUCUAUUGUAAAUAUUGUUUACUAUAUGGACUAAAUAGUAUGUAAUGAAUGAUAUCAUUCAAUUGGUUUUAGGGCUCCUAAAAGGUUGCAUUUUUAA